AGCUAUUAAAUCCUGUGCUGUUUGGAAAUGUCUACAGCUACAAAGAGGGAGCUGCUUAGCCGUGUAAUGGAUCCUCAAGAACCUUCAUGCUCCACUGGAAGGACGCAGCAUCAGCUGCAGGCGUAUGUGGCCUGGGUGAAUUCGCAGCUGAAGAAGAAGCCAGCGGUGAAGCCGGUGCAGGACCUCAGGCGGGAUCUGCGAGAUGGGGUCAUCCUGGCUUCUCUCGUCGAGAUUGUAGCUGGCGAGAGACUGAGCGGGGUGCAGGUCAGCCCCACCAGCCAGCAGGAAAUGAAGGAAAACGUGGAGAAAGUCCUGCAGUUCGUGGCCUCCAAAAAGAUCCGUAUGCACCAGACCUCGGCUAAAGACAUCGUCGACGGCAACCUGAAAUCCAUCAUGAGGCUGAUCCUUGCCUUAGCUGCUCAUUUUAAACCCGGCUCGAGUAAACCGGCCCCGUCCGGCACGAUGGGGAAGAGCCCAGCGGGAGGAGCAGCGCCGGCAGCCAAUCACAGGCCUCAUUCGGCGGCCGCUGUUGCCCAAGGUGCCGUGGCGGCCCUGGCAGACGUUCGCCAGGAUGUCUUGCACUCGGGACGGGAUGUUUUCCGGCUUAGACAGAGGAACAGCAGCAUGGACGACGAGAUCGAGCACCCCUACUGGAGUGUCCGCGCACUGGUGCAGCAGUACGAGGGGCAGCAGAGCACGCCAUCCGACUCCCACUCCUCCAGGUAA